UCUCCACUUCCUCCAGACAAAAAAAAAAAAAACAAAUGCAGCCAAAGAGACAGAAACCAGUUUAACCACACUGCUGUUCUCGCCGGGUACCAACCAACCGAGGGAACUCUAUAUUUUCCUUCCAACUUCCUCUCCAAUUCCUAACCUUUUUUCUUCCUUUAUCUAUCAAUCUUAAAAGUUCUUUUUUUUUUUUGAAUCUUUACCUGUGUUGGGUUCUUUCUAUAGUAUAUAUUUAUUUUUGUUUGUGACAUCUGGAGAAGGAAAAGAAAUGAGAACGGGAAAGGGAAGUCAAGAGGAGGAAGAGUACGAGGAAGAAGAGUUUGGUUCCAGGAAACAAGGGCCUUCUUCUAAUCAAACUAUGUCUGUCAACGCCAAUAACAACAUCAACAACACCAAUAAAGAUGGGAAGAACAGUGAUAAGGCUAACGCUAUACGAUCAAAACACUCUGUCACGGAGCAGAGGAGGAGGAGUAAGAUUAAUGAAAGAUUUCAAAUAUUGAGGGAUCUAAUACCGAACACUGAUCAAAAGAGAGAUACUGCUUCAUUCCUACUAGAGGUGAUAGAGUAUGUCCAAUUUUUACAGGAGAAGGUUCAAAAAUAUGAAGGUUCAUACCAGGGGUGGAGUUCUGAGCCCACGAAAUUAAUGCCAUGGAGAAAUAGUCACUGGCGUGUGCAGAGUUUUGUUGGUCACCCACAAGCUAUUAAAAAUGGUUCUGGCCCAGGGUCAACAUUUGCUGGGAAGUUUGAUGAGAAUAACAUCAAUAUCCCCCCCACAAUGAUUACAACUGCACAGGAUCCUGUAGAAUCUGAUCAUAUCAGAGAUGCUACAUCCAAAGGUAUGGAUCAGCAACUCGAGUUGGCAAACAAGGGAAUGGCUCUGCCCAUCCGAGGUGAUAAUGUGCUUGUGCAUCCCCUUCAGCGACCAGUCUCUGAGGCUCAAUCGACCGAGUGUCUUAUCAACAGCGAUACACUGAAUCAGCAGGAUGAUCUGACCAUUGAUGGAGGAAGAAUUAGCAUCUCUAGUGUAUACUCUCAGGGGUUAUUGAACUCUUUGACGCAAGCACUUCAGAGCACAGGUUUGGAUCUGUCACAGGCCAACAUCUCAGUGCAGAUUGAUCUUGGAAAGCGUGCAAAUAGAGGGCUAACAUCAGGAACAUCUGCUAAGGACCCACAGGAUUCCCCCAAUCAGGCAAUGACCCAUCUUAGAGAUGUGAGCAGUGGAGAGGAAUCUGAUCAUGCUAAAAAGCGGCUGAAGAAAUAAGACCGGCGAUGGCGUUUCCUGUAUCUUCAUUUUUACUCGGUUUUCCAUCCUGUUUUUUCGUUCUGUUUUCUGUUCAGUUUCAUUUGGCUAUUGUAUAUGCUAUGGUUCUGGUCUUUUGGGGUCCUAGUGUUAACCGAAUUCAUGGUAAGAGCAGUGCCCCUUAGAUUAUGAGAUUUCAAGGGGUGGUUAAUUCCUUGGGUUUCUGUUAGGGGGAUGCCAGUACCAUUACCUGUAUCAUGGGUGUAUCAUACGUAUUGAUUUAAAUAUAUAUAGAUAGAGAGAGAGAGAGAGAGAGCAAAUCCUCUUGAUGCCCUUUUUCCA